GUGGUGACCAAGUAGUGGCCGUUAUCGGUGAGAAGUACGUGGCAGAAAGCUUUCGAUAUGGAGGCGUCUGCUCUGGUUGCCUUAACUUUGUUACUGGGUGCACUGGUUAUUCUGGUUGCAUUAGCGGUGGGUAGACGGAAGGAGGAAAUAAGAGAGGAAACAGAGCAGACAGCGGAGUUUGCCGCUGAAGGCAGUGCUGUGAAGGGUUCUGCGCCCAAGAAACAGAAACAGGAGAAGCAGCGCAGCCGUAAGGAUAAAGCCUCACAGCACAGUUUCAGUCAUCCGCUGUUGGCAGCCUCAUUGAAGAGCCACAGUGGGAAUGUGACGUGCCUUGAUUUCAGCAGUAAUGGGAAGUACUUGGCGUCCUGCGCUGAUGACCGCACUGUCCGGAUCUGGAGCACCAAAGACUUUCUGGAUCGGGAGCACAAGUGUCUGAGAGCCAAUGUGGAGCUGGAUCAUGCUACACUGGUCCGCUUCAGCCCAGACUCCAGAGCCUUCAUCACCUGGUUGGCCAACGGAGAUUCCAUUCGAAUCUUCAAAAUGAUCAAGAAGGACGACGGCUCUUUAGCCUUCAAAGCUGCCGCAGAAGACUUCCCACAGAAACACAAGGCCCCCAUCCUCAACAUUGGCAUUGCAGAGACAGGCAAGUUCAUCAUGAGCGCCUCCACCGACACCACCAUCCACAUCUGGGACCUGAAAGGAGAGGUACUGGCCUCUAUCAACACUAACCAGAUAACCAAUUCUUAUGCUGCCAUCUCACCAUGUGGCAGGUUUGUAGCAUCGUGUGGCUUCACCCCUGACGUGAAGGUGUGGGAGGUUUGCUUCGGGAAGGGAGGAGAGUUCAAAGAGGUGGCGCGAGCUUUUGACCUGAAGGGCCACUCUGCAGGAGUUCACGCCUUCGCCUUUUCCAAUGACUCUCACAGAAUGGUGACUGUCUCCAAAGACGGUACAUGGAAGCUGUGGAACACAGAUGUGGAGUACAAAAAGCAGCAGGAUCCCUACCUCCUGAAGACGGUCCCCUGUGCUUCAUCUGAAGGUAGCCGUGUGGCCUUGUCUCCAGACGGCCGGGUGGUGGCCAUCAGCAGCGGCUGUAACGUGGCUAUGUACAACGCCACCAGCGGCGAGCUAGAGGAGGAAAUGCAUGGUGUCCACAGCGAGGAGAUCAACGACCUUAGAUUUGACAUUAACGGACGCUUUUUGGCAUGCAGCGGCGACAAGGCCAUCCGAGUGUUUCACAACGCCCCGGGCUACCGGGCAGCCAUCAGAGACAUGCAGGACAUGCUGAAGAAAGCCCAGAAUGAAGCCAUGAAGCAGAGACUGCAGCAGCAGAUAAAGGAGGCUCAGAGCGCCCUGGACACUGUGCUGGCUGCUCCUGUCGAUUGAAGGAAACCACUCUCUGAUUUUGAUCAUGCCUGGCUCUGACUGCUAACCUGUUUUUUUUUUUUUUUUUUUUUUUUUUUUUUUUGCAACCUCAACUCCAUCUGCCACCAAAUGAUCUGGUCAGGGAAUAAUGGAAUUUGCAUGCAGUUUUAAUAAAGAACGUCUUUUUAUGGAAAAUUAAAAUGGUUUGAGUUCAGAUCUUUUUCUUUGCUGCUGAAUGCACAGUAAUGUUUGACGUGUAUUCUCUCCUGUGGUUGUCUCAUCUCAGAAAUUUCACCUUCUUUAACCUCAGUUCAUUACAUGCACAUACUUGCUGAUUCUGUGAGAUCACAAGUAGUUUGAAAGCCAGUCAUGGUCCAGUAUGCACCUUACAUAUGUGUGAUGUCGAAACUUGAAGCCACCAGUGCACAAACUCUGAGAGUGGACUUUUCAGUGAAGUAGAAAACACCUUGUGUUCAGCCGUUAAACUUUUGAAACAAAAUGUUUGCAUUCUCCUAGUUCCUGGAUUUUUCAGUGAGAGAAAAAGGAAUAAAUGUAAAAAAUAAAAAAAAAAUGAAGUAAUUAAACUGUUUUUGUGGAAAAACCAUAUCAGAUGAAAAUAUUUUUGUAUGUCUUAAACAUGCCUGGCAGGAGUGUUUAAGUCAGAAAAGGUCAUGUGACCAUUACAGUCCACCGAAAAGGUUGCGUUUUUUUUGGGAAUGUGUCCCUUAGAUUUUGACUUUACUGCCAUGCACACUCACCAUUUGUGUCCCCUAGAGGCCAAAGUCUGACAUCUGCUUCUGUCAAGACAAAGAGGAGUUCAUGGAGAUGUUUCUCUGCAAUAUGAAGUUUGUGAACCUGAAGUAAAAAUCAGUAUUACACAUGUUUUGUAGCUGCUGCCUCGAAAAUACAUACAGAUAAUUUUUGUUUUUAGUCAUCAGGUGACUAUUUUCUAGUUGAAUCCAGUCGUUAUUUGGUCAAUAAUCAGUGUCAGAAAUGUUUGAAAAAUGUCAGUCUCAAUCUUCCAAAGCCCAAGAUGGCAUUUUGUUUUGUCACACAAAAUACCAACAUUAUAAAUCACAAGUCGGAUUUUUAUACUGCUUCAGCUUUUUUUGUUAAAUGUCUAACGUUCUUUUGCGAUAUUUUGUAUUGAUUUGCUCAAUAAAGUUUUGGUAGAUGUUUAAA